AUGAAUUUGGAGGAAUUCACCACCUUCUUGGAGAAGUACUCAACGCAAGAACAGGCUGAUCUCAAGGAAGCCUUUCAACGCCACGCCAAGCACUCCAAGGUGUCGCAAAAGAGCCUCUUGAUAUUGCUGCACGAAAUAGGUUUUACGUCGCUGCAGCGAAGCGUCUUUGAAACCUUGACCGCCAGCAGAUUGACCAUGAAGGCACUGACGCUGCCCCAAUACUUCCGCUUCCUUGCAGCGCACCGGGCGUCUGAAGGCUUCACCGCGGCACAGCUCCAGGGAACUCGCAAAGCCUUUGACCAAGUAAGGGCAGGGAGAGAAGAGAUCGCUCCGCAAGGGGUGGGUUCAGCACUGGCCCUGUUCUUUGGACAAGACGCCUUUGAGAAGUGGAACCGCCUCUGGCAGAGGCUGCGUGGAGGCAACCGUCCGGUUGAUGAGGAGCAGCAGGUGUGGAAGACACCCUUGGUGGACUUCCAUGAUUUUUUGUCACUGGCCAGGGCCUUGCAAGUGGAAGAGCUGGCAGAACUCCAUGCCAGGUUUCGUUUGGUGGACAAAGAUCAAGACGGGGCUGUCAUCGAAGGUGAGUUCCUAUCUCUUCUCCCAGAUGAUGUGGCGCUGCUCAUCUGCGGCAAAGUGCGCACGCUUUUGUCAGACGCACAGAUCCAGACAGGGCAACUGCUGUCGUUCGAUGAUGUCUUUGAUGUCCUGAGCCUCUGUCGUACCACCAGCAACUUCACCAACUUCGAAGUGGCCGAAUUGAAGGAGGCCUUUCGAAGGUUUGAUCAGGACAACUCGGGAAAGAUCGAUGUGUUGGAGAUGGUGGGGAUGCUGUUAUACAUGGGUUUCGACAGCUCCUUGGAGCAGGUUCACGAGCACCUUGGCACCGACAGCGUGCACGACCGCGUUGGGCAGACAUCUGUGAUUCCUCCCAGGAGCAAGAAGCUCAACGGCAGUGGAUGGAGAGACUCGCAGCCAGUGGAAGCUGUCCUUCUCCACCAGGACUCGUAUCAAGAGUCCCAAGCCUCCCAGGUUUGCACCCAAGGCGGCUUGUGCGACCAGCUGCAGAGCAAGACGGAACUGGAAGACACCCAGGCGCAAGAUCGGAAAGCUGGCAUCGUGCGACGAAAACACCUGGAGGAAAUUAGUGAUGAUGAGGACGGACCUGCACGGGGUCAGAAGCGCACGGUCUUGACCACGCCCGCCUCCUCCCCAGCCACCAAGCGCCAACGCUCCUUCCCGGAGGGCAGCCCUGCGGCCACAGUUCUGGACCCAGCCAGUCCUGGACCUGCGCCUGCCAGCGCUGCCAUGGAGACUGAAGAGGUGGAGAUCGCUGUCGACAAUCCCACUGCGGCUGAGGCUGAGGUGGAAGGAGGAGUGGAGAUCGCUGUCGACAAUCCCACUGCGGCUGAGGCUGAGGUGGAAGGAGGAGUGGAGAUUGCUGUCGACAAUCCCACUGCGGCUGAGGCUGAGGUGGAAGGAGGAGUGGAGAUCGCUGUCGACAAUCCCACUGCGGUUGAGGCUGAGGUGGAAGGAGGAGUGGCCGCCGAUGCGGCGGAUGCGCCGUUUUCACCUGAGGGUGAUGGAGAGGGCCCUGAGGGCGAGAAGCGUUUGCGGAAGCGCUUCAAUCUAAUCUCCAUGCACAAGGAGCGGCCGGAGUACAAGGCCUUCAACGCGCGCUUCCCUCGGCACCUUCGACAGGAGGGGCAGCCCAUGACGCCGGACCCGCGGGCGUAUCCGUCCAAGCGCCAAUGGGAGACGGCCGCGCAGAAGUGGCGCGAGGACUUGCGCGUGGCCAGCUGUGGGAUGGCAGAGUUCCCAGAAGUGGCGAUUAUCAUCCAGAGUGAUGUAGAUGGCAACAGCGAGUUGGACUUCCAAGAGUUCCUACACGUCAUGGCGACGCACGAGCUGAAUCACACCAAGGUGUUACGGCAAGCCUUCAAGAGGAUUUGCUCGUCAGCUGAUACAUGUACUCAAGAGCAGGUGUCGGACCUUCUUCAAUCGUUGGGAUAUUUCCCUGGAGAGGAGAUCUUCCAUGAAACUCUGAUGGCAGAUGGCAUGCAAGACACUGAG